AACAGGUUUGCUGAAAUAAAACCAGGACACCUCCACUGCUCCAGUCAGCCUGCUUCCAGAAGGCCUGUCAGACAGGGUAGUACCUGUGACUGAGUGAGCAGUGUCCGGCAUGUACCAGGUUGCUGCAUUCUUGGCUAUGAUCGUGGGAACCCACAUCGUCAAUUCGGAGAUCCGGAAUGACUGUAGUCAUUGGCCCAGCUGCUGCCCCAGCAAAGAGCAAGACUCCACUCAGGAGUUGCUGACGUGGAACCCUGCAUCUACGUCUCCCCCAGAGCCUCUGAGUCUCACCUACCACCCAGAAUCCUGCAAGGCCAGCAGGGAUGGACCCCUCAACAAGAGGGCCAUCUCUCCUUGGAGCUAUGAGUUGGACAGGGACUUGAACCGGGUCCCCCAGGAUCUGUACCAUGCAAAAUGCCUGUGCCCACACUGUGUCAGCCUACGGACAGGCUCCCGCAUGGACCUGAUGGGCAACUCGGUACCCCUCUACCACAACCAGACGGUCUUCUACCGGCGGCCAUGCCUCGGACAGCAAGGUUGCCAUCAUGGCUACUGCCUGGAGCGCAGGCUGUACCGCGUCUCCUUGGCUUGUGUCUGUGUGCGGCCCCGCGCAAUGGCGGCUUAAUCACGCUUGCCACCUACCUGAGGCUGAUAUCUUGCCGCAGUGGGCCAGGGUACCUGAAUGCUCAAGCCCUCCAGAGCCCUACCUGAAGCACCAGGAUCCUGGGACCUGACGGAGAACUUGGGGAGAAACCCUGACUUUUGCACUUUUUUGAAAGAACUUUUGGGAAGGAGCAGUUGCAGCCCGGGGCUGCUUGGAAGAUGCUGUCGUGGCAUUUCCUCCCAGAAAAGGUCUCCAGAGGGCCUGCCGGUCCCUGGAAGCUGUACUACUGACUCUCCCUUCCCUCUGGAUUCCCUGACCAGCACAGGCACUUUCUCUGUAUUUCCCCCUUUGCCCUUCAUUUUGUUGGCUUGUGAAUACCAGCGCUGUAGGCAGCCAGGUGUAAUCACUUUGACGUGGAUAAUUCUGAGGAGAGAGCUGUUAU